AUGUCAAACGCUGAUGACUUAGACGAUGGAUUAGUUUACGACCUCGAGUCUGAUUCUAAUGAUGCUCAACAAGUAGAUAACCUACUCAACGAUGUUGACGGAGCUAGUGAUGUUGAAGAAGCCACUGAGGUAUCAACAAAGAGAAAGGUAGAAGAAGAUGACAUAACAGAAAUUGCUAAAGAUACUGAAGAAAUUCCAUCAAACGAUGAAGAACAUCUAUCGAGGAGACAAAAGAAACUGAAAAAUUCUAAAUUGCAUCAAAAGAGGAAAGAGGAGCAAGCAUAUGAAGUAAAUUUUAAGAAACAACUCCCAAAAUCUGAUACUAGCGGAAUUGCUGACUAUUUUACUAAAAUCAUUAGAGAGAAAAACCCUGAUUUGAGUGCUCUAGAGUUAGAAGAACUAUAUAUCAACAAGAGUAAUUUCAUUACUACUGAAAAAUUCGAGAAUGAUCGUGAUUUGGCUAACUUCCCAGACUUUAUGGCUCAAUUCUCAAAAUCUCCCAAAGCAAUUAUAUUUUCCAUGUCUAAUAUGAGAGUAGCUGAUGUGUCAAGAAGUUUAAAUUCUGAUAACAAUUGUAUAAAAUUAUUUGCUAAGAACAAACUUAAAGAAGAUGUACAAACUGUCAACGAGGUAUUUGAAGGAAAAAAUAAAAGAUUUAAGAAUACGAAAUAUUUUAUUGCUACACCAACUAGAAUGGAUAAAUUAUUGGAAACAACUGAUCUAUUUUUCCAAGGUAAAGAUAAAUUGGAUAUAAUUCUAGAUGCAUCAUACUUAGAUGCAAAGAACAAUUCGUUAUUGUCUUCAGAAAAUUCGGCACUAUUGAUCAAAGUGUUAAAAACUAUUUUAGAUAAGAAGAGUUCUGUCAAGAUACUACUAUAUUAA